GCCCGACGGUGCUAAUUCUUGUUACUAUCUUUUGGCAGGCUGCAUCUCUGUUCCCUCCAUAUGGCACUUCAUGAAGUGGAUCAUGGCCUUAUCAGCCAGUUACUGAUGGACUCUGAAGAAAAUCUCACUGUAUGCACACAAAAAAUACCACCCCCCUCUCCAUAUAACUGGACCACAGAUUGGAGCUUUUGGAUCUCGAGCUCUACUUACAAAUACAGGAACGAAGAAUUUAAAAGACUGUUUCCACACCUUCCAGAUUUGGAAAGGCUUGUUGUAGAUUAUGUCUGUGCCCUCCAGAAGGAUAUCCUCCUUCAAGGACGCCUGUAUCUCUCUGAAAACUGGCUGUGUUUCUACAGCAAUAUAUUCCGAUGGGAGACUGCGAUUUCUAUUGCCUUGAAGGAUAUAACCUUCAUGACAAAGGAGAAGACAGCGCGGCUCAUUCCAAAUGCCAUUCAGAUUGCUACUGAAGGAGAGAAGUUUUUCUUCACUUCAUUCAACUCCAGAGACAGAAGCUACCUCAAUAUCUUUCGAUUAUGGCAGAAUGCAUUGUUGGAGAAGAGACUGACAAAGCAGGAAUUCUGGCAGCUUGUGCAGCAAAAUUAUGGCUCUGAGCUGGGUUUGAACACUGAAGAAAUGGAAAAUUUUUAUUCAUCAUCUGAGGAGAAUGGACAGUCUAGAUCCAGUCUUUGUGAUGAAUCUGGAGAGAAGGAUGAAAAGUUAUCUAAAGCUGUUGGUGCAAUUCAAGAGCCCAUCAUUCAGAUACUUGAAACUGAGUCUCUUAAUGGAAACGUGCUAAUGGAAGAUACUGAGCCAGAGGAAACUCACUGUGAUAAACCAGAGAGAAGGAGUUCGCUUCAGUCUUCAGAAAGGAAGCCAACUGAUUUAGCACAAUGCAAACGUUCAGGGCAACUACCAGACCUAAAUGAGAAUUUCUCUCCUGAGAAGAGCAGUGCCUCAGAAGGUGAUGGUGAAGCUGAGGAGACUAUCCUAGAGAAUGACCUCAAUGGAAAAAUCUUUGUUAAUCGGGUUUUCCAUAUUGGUGCAGACAGAAUGUUUGAGAUGCUUUUCACCAAUUCCCAUUUCAUGCAGAGAUAUCUCAGUGCUAGAAGUAUGACAGAUACAGUACAGACUCCUUGGAGCAGAGAUGCUGGAGGGAAUCAGCUGAGGACUGUGACAUACACUCUUGGGCUAAAAAAUCCACUCAUUGGGAAAUUCACAACUGUAACUGAAAAGCAGGUCCUACAUAAACAAAGCCACAAAGGUCAGAUGUAUCGAGUAGAUGCAGAUGUGUUCACACAUGAUGUGCCCUACCAUGAUUACUUCUAUACUGUGUAUACUUAUUGCAUCACCCGUAUGUCCAGUCAGACGUGCAGACUCCGGGUUUCUUCAGAUGUGAAAUAUAAAAAGCAACCAUGGGGGCUUGUCAAGAGCAUAAUAGAGAAGAAUACAUGGGGUGGGUUGCAAGAAAGUUUUAAGCAUCUUGAAUCAGAACUGUUAAUGGAAGAAUAUGCAAUGAACAAACCAAUAGAGGAUCCAGCAAAACUUGGUGUGCUGAGAAGGAGGAGAUGGACUUUGCAGCGAAACAUGGCAGAGAUCCUCCCUAAACGCUCCUCCCAGUAUUCUGCUGGGGAUGCAGGUUUGCCUUCCCGUGCUGAUAAAGGACCCCAAAAGGAUGCUAAAAAUAAGACCAUCACCAUCAUAGUGAUCAUGAGCAUCUUCUUGCUCUUACUGGUUUUGCUGAAUGUGACAUUAUUCCUCAAACUAUCAAAGAUUGAAAAUGCAGCUCAGUCAUUUUAUCGUGUUCACCUUCAGGAAGAAGGAUCUGUAAAUUUAGCCCUUAAUAUGGCAUCAAGAGAGAAAAUCCCUCAGCAUGAUACAGACAAAGUCCGGCAUGUGAAAUGGGUGCUGAGAGACUCUAUAGCAUUACUUGAACAGCUGAAGAAUUCCCUUUCUAAACUCCAAAGCAGCUUUGAUCAUCUGAACAAGACCAAAAGUGGGAAGCCUGAAAGUUGAUGUCACCAAAAUGGAUGGUUAAGGAGAUUGAAGAUAUUGUUUUGGUGAUGAAACUGCUAAACUUUUUUUUUCUUUCAAUUUUUGCACAGGACUCAACUUGCACAUAUAAGAAAGAACUAUCUAUACAACUUUGUUAAAAAAAUUACUGUUACUCUGUGAAUCCUCCUGAUCCACUUGAUGUCUUUUUGGGAAUGGUUUCCUGAACUGUGAAUAACUGGUGUAAAUGAGUAAUAAACUGGUCUAGUAAUUAUGUGAUUGGAAAAUUGCAGAGAAAAUCCUUGGCAAAAGCAGUGUGACAUGCAAAGAGAAAGAGGUUUUGAAGUAUCAUUAAGAUUAUGAAAGAUGCAACAAAGAUUAUUUUGCAAACGUCACACCUGAAGAUUUUCUAUAGAUUCAACAACUCUCAAAACCGGGCUGUUUUAAAUGGCUGUGUAUGUUCUACACGCACACAUACACACACUCUUAUGUAUCCCAGUUUCCUUUGAAGUUUUUAUCCCCUAUCCCUUAAGGGUCACUGCAAUUCUACCUCUUCUUAUCCACUAUCAUUUCAGCUCUCAGGAUUUCUCAGGGAGUGUCCAUAUGUAUAAGAAUGCUAAGUCAAAAGUCCUGAGCCCUGAAUUGUUUUAAUUGUAUUCAUCUGAAUUUUGUAUAUCAAUUGCACCAAGCCCUUUGUAAAACAAAAAAUCCAGGUUUAAUGUUCGCAGCGUGGCAGGCCAGUUCUCUGAUCAGGUUUGAUUUACUUUGUAGGACAAAUUGAGACCCUAGCUGUGCUUUGUUAAGUAGCAUGAAAUGGAACUGUUCUUGUGCUACAACUGAAUUAUGUUACAACCAGCUACUGGAGAAACACAACAGCCUUUCUAAAGAAAGUUUCCAGAACAGCAGAACUGUACAGUCCAGAGGAGAGUUACAGCCUUCCAAGCAUACUGACUUAGGGUAUACUGUUGCUUAAGGAUUGUACUGCAUACUGAAUAGAAAAUGUGGGUGCUGUAAAAUCAUGGACACUCUAACCUGUAAACUAGAACUGUGACUUCUGUUUUAGGGUUUUAAUUCCCACUAGCCUUUCUUCAAAAAGUGCCUUUCUCAUUGUUUGUAUAGGAAAAUAGCUUUAACAGCUGGACCAAAACUAUCCAGGCUCUAUUUUUCAGAAAACCAAAAAUGUACUUGUUGCUGUACAAUGCAGAGAGAAAUGUACAGGAGUAAUUAGUGUCAAGCCAGGCAUUUCACAAAAUAUAAAGCAUAGGAGCAGAAAUCCUAACUAGAAAAUCAGGUGAGAUAAAUGCUGUUAUAUGUUAGGAUUCUGUUGUCCUUUGUGAUUUUUUUUUAUUUCAAAUGAACACCAUGUUGGUCAUUUUAUAUAAAAAUAUGGAAAUAAAUGUAUGUUAUGUAUGGAAAACUUUGUAACAAGUCAGAAAUGUUUCUGUAUUCCAGUAUCAGAAAAGAAUCAAAUAAAGCUGACAAAUGCCACUA